GGUCUCAUCUGGUGCAGUGUGGAAAGCAAGCAGAUGUCUGUCCUAGGUGGCGUUCACUUGUAGAGGAAUGCAUUAUUGUUCCUAAAAGGACCACAAUUCUGGUAUCGGGUUCAACGUGUAAAGAAAAAGACAUCUGCAGUCAAAUGAUGCGAAAACAAAUCGAACACUUCUUCUGCACUAAAGACAAUGGAUUGAUCGAUGACGAAGUGGAGGACGAUGCCAAGAAUCUGAUGGCAAGUUUGGAGUCGGACGACGGCCUGUCUGAUCUCGAAGCCGCUUGUCGGGAGGGUCUCAACCUCGCUGCUGCAUCCUCUGGUAACAAACGCAGUAGUAGUAGUAGUAGUAGUAGAACAUCUUGUUCAAGAAGAACAAAGUCGCGACUUAUAUGUCCCGACUUCCUCUCUGAUCGAGGAGGAAGCGUUUUUGCUCCGUUGAGACGACGACUGGCAGGGCAGUGUUAUAUUCUAGAAAAGGAAGCGGCGUUGCUCUUUGGAGGGGAUGCUGGGUAUGACGUGUCCUCCUUAGGAAGAAAUGGGGACGUCAACGAAGACGCAGGGACUACACUUCCAUCUACUACAACUCUGCUUAGAAAUAGUACUACAGCUUGCUACUCAGAUGAAAGUAGAGAUGUUGUCGUGAUGAAGAAAGCGCCCUUAAUAGCCUUGUCUUUCUCCUCCACACUCGCGCCAGCACUGGAGCAAAUCGAGAGGGGAAAAAAAAGCUGGAAAGUACUCCGGGAUGCGAAUUCGAGAAGUCUCAACGGUUUUGAGCGGCUAUUUGUACUUGCUCAAAGUGGAAGUGGAGAUGUUAGUAGAACAGGAGAUACUGGCACAACUAGUAGUGCUUCGCAUCCACCUCCACCCUUGGUAGCUCUGACCUGUGACCAUGUAGACGCACAAUUUAUACGAGAUACGGAGAGAUCGAUUCGGAGACGGUUAGCAAGCUAGGUUUUGUUUUUCACCAAAUUUAUGCUGCGCCACCAGCUACAGCUACCAAUAAAAAGUGAAAGUACGAUCCAAGAAGCUUCUUGAACUUUC